AUGCAUUCCACCUCUACCACUCAUUUACAUUCGUUAUCUUCACCCUCGUACCAUUCAUUACAACAUCACAUAUUCUCAUAUCCAGCUAUCACGUGCCAGGGGUCUGGGGUCUAGAUAGGACUUUCCCCGGCCGGAGAGUAGGUUAAAGAAACGGGCAAGUGGAUCUUGACUAGGCAAUUUACAGGAUCCCGUGUCAAUGUGGGACUAAAAUCUGUCAAAAUACAAAUCUUUUUACAUAACAAUUUUCUUGACUUGCUACAAAAAUCCAUGUUGAUCUUUGGAGGCCCUUGACUAUUUGCCUACUGUCAUAUUCUUAUCAUUUUGCGGGGUUUCUACCUUGUACUCCGUACGUACGCGGUGGGUAAAGUAUUAUCUCUUUCAAUUUACAUAGUAGAGAAAUAUGUGAGACAUUCCUCUGUUUAUUCCCUUUUUCUUCUCUCCAAAAUAUUCUCAUCCUUCUUCAUCCUUUUCUCUUUCAUAUCAAGUCACCAUGGCUCGACAUGCAAAUGUUGAUGCUGAUGCAGCUCACUUGGCUGCCCAUGGCCAUGUACAAGAAUUAGAGCGUAACUUCUCUUUACUAUCCAUGUUAGGUCUUGCAUUUGCAAUCCUCAAUUCAUGGACUGCUCUAGCUGCGAGUUUAAGUGUAGCAUUACCAAGUGGUGGACCAACCUCAGUACUUUGGGGAUUGAUCAGUAAGUUUAACUCCACGUUCUAUACUUCGUUCAUAGACUUGAUACUUAUUGUAAAUCCAAAGCUGCCGGAGUAUGUAAUUUAUGUCUUGCCGUCUCACUCUCCGAAUUUCUUUCUGCCUACCCGACAGCAGGUGGCCAGUAUCAUUGGGUUGCAGUUAUAAGUUGGAAGAAAUAUGUUCCUAUCCUCAGUUGGAUUACAGGAUGGAUCAACGUCUCUGGUUGGAUCGCACUCGUCUCAUCAGGUGGUCUUCUCGGCUCGCAACUCAUCGGCGGAGUCAUUUCGCUCAUGAACCCGGACUAUGAACCACAACGCUGGCAUCAAUUCCUCCUCUACAUCGCAUACAACAUUAUCGCUUUCAUCGUUAAUGCAUUCAUGACAUCCCUAUUACCUCUUAUUACCAAGUCGGCAUUUAUCUGGUCAAUUGUUGGAUUUGCGGUCAUUAGUAUCACGGUCUUGGCGACAGCAUCUCCAGAAUACAAUGACGCAUCAUUCGUCUUCACCGACUUCAUCAAUAGCACAGGAUGGCCCGAUGGAAUUGCUUGGCUUCUUGGUUUACUCCAAGCUGGUCUUGGACUAACUGGUUUUGACGCCGUCGCUCAUAUGAUUGAAGAGAUUCCCGACCCAGGAGUUCAGGGUCCAAAGAUUAUGAUUGGAUGUGUCUUAAUUGGUGUAUUCACAGGAUUCAUUUUCCUCAUGGUCCUUCUUUUCGUGGGAGGCAACGUCAAUGAUGUUAUUGAAAGCGCAGCGGGUCCAUUGCUCCAGAUCUUUUACCAUGCAACUGGUAGCAAGGCUGGAGCAAUCUGUCUCCUCAUCUUCCCGCUCGUUUGUCUUCUAUUCGCCACCAUCUCUAUCACUACAACUUCUACGCGUAUGACUUAUGCAUUCGCUCGCGAUAACGGCCUCCCUUUCUCAAGAGUAUUCUCUAGAGUUCAUCCAAAAUUGGGUCUUCCGCUAAAUGCAUUGUAUCUUACAAUGGCAUGUGUACUGCUUUUCGGACUCGUCUUCUUGGGAAGUUCAUCGGCUUUCAACGCGAUUGUUAGUGCGAGUGUGGUGGCUUUGGGGGUUAGUUAUGCGAUUCCAGUUGCGAUUAAUUGUUUGAGGGGUAGAAAUUGUUUGCCGGAGACGAGAGCUUUCAAGUUAUCGGAACCGGUUGGGUGGAUUUGUAAUAUGGUGAGUUGUCUACUCUCCUCUUUUGCUGCGACGUUGACUAAUCAAUAAAUAGGUCGGCAUUGCGUAUGUAAUGGUAACCACAGUUCUAUUCCUCUUUCCUCCAGAAUUACCCGUUACUGGCAGUAAUAUGAGUAUGUUCUCCCCAUAUAAUUUAUCUCACUUUCUACAGUACUAACACGGUACAAAAUAGAUUACUGCGUAGUAGCCUUCUUUCUCGUCUUCGUCAUUGCAGUCAUACAAUGGUUCGUCGACGGCAAGAAAAACUUUACCGGUCCAAGAAUCGAUAUGGAAGCUAUGCAGCACGGUGAAGUGGUGGGGAUUGUGGUUGGUGAUGAAAGUAGUGAGACUCCUAGUGCGGAUUUUGGGGAAAAGGGGGUUAAAUGAAUGAACGAAUAUAGGUAUCCUGCCAUAUUGUAAGAAUAUUACGCAUUAGAUGGAUAGAUUAGAUGAUACACCGUACAUACAUAUAUAUGUACUGAUAGAUAAUUAUGAUUUUAAGAAGAAAAAUAUUAACAUGAACAAUGGAAAAUAAGCAUGGCGAUAAAACCAUGGUGAAUCGGAUGCCGAAAAUCCAAACGAGUUAUGAAUAGGAAGAAAAGCAAGAAAGAAUACGACUAACGCUCACGUCAAGCCGAGGAUAAAUGCGGUAGUGCACGAAAAUGUGGGCUUUAGAUUUUUAUUUCAGGGGUUCAAC